AUGUUACAUGAUACACCACAGUCCUGUAGUAACAGCAGAGUGAAAGCUGUGUGUGUGUGUGUGUGUGUAACUCCCUGUCCUUCUCUGUCCUGUCUCUCCCAGGUUGGAGAGGCGUAACGAGGCCCUCCAGGGGGAGGUGGUGGGACUGCGGACCAGCCUGGAGCAGCAGCGCCGCUGGUACAGCGUGGCCGAGAUCAAGAUCCGCAACGUGGAGCGUGCCCGGGCCGACGCAGACCGCCGCAACGCCACUCUACAGAGGGAGAUGGAGCAGUUCUUUGACACCUUCGGAGAGCUGAGCGCUGAGGCCCUGAAGAGCGAGGGUUAG